CUGAAGAAGAAGAAGAAGAUAGUGUAAACCCACUUGUUUACUGUAUAGCGCUAAUAAUUUGAAAGAAAUUAAUACAACAAAAAUUAGUCAGACAAAGUCGCUAAUUUGAAAGGAGGUAGUAAAAUAGCCCUUAUUCUGGUGACAAAGUCAAAAUAUUCCAGAGAAUAUUGCAUCAGCAAAGCGUGAAUCCCUUCAUCCUCAACAGAGACGCGGUGAGCAGUUUAAUAUGGAAGAAGCAGAGCUGGUGGAAUAUUUCCGAGCGCAGAUCCGAGAAGACCCGGAUGUGGCUUCGGCGGUGGCUGCUAUACGAUCCCUGCUGGAGUUCCUCAAGAGGGAUCAGAGCGAGACGAUCCUCGGCCUGCGAGAGAACAUGACGAAGGCCAUCCAUAGACUAGAAGAGACGGAUUCAUCGGUGGCUGUGUCGUCUGGAGGAGAGCUCUUCCUGCGCUUCAUCAGCCUCACCUCACUGGAACAUCCGGAUCUCUCACAGUGUAAGAAUGUGAUGAUAGAGCGAGGUGAGCUCUUCUUGAAGAAAAUAUCCCUGUCCAGGGGCAAAGUGGGUAAACUGUGCCACACCUUCAUCAAAGAUGGAGCUAAAAUCCUGACACACUCAUCGUCCCGAGUGGUUUUAAAGGUUCUGGAAAAUGCAGCAGCUGAUAACAAACGUUUUACAGUAUAUGUCACCGAAUCACAGCCGGAUUCAGCAGGUAAACGUAUGGCUCAAAAAUUAGGCAAACUCAAUAUCCCCGUCACGGUGGUGCUUGACGCUGUAGUCGGGUACAUCAUGGAGAAGGUUGACCUGGUAAUUGUGGGUGCUGAGGGCGUUGUGGAAAGUGGAGGUGUAAUAAACAAGAUUGGUACCUAUCAGAUGGCCGUGUGCUCCAAGGCACACAACAAACCAUUUUAUGUGGUGGCAGAAAGUUUCAAGUUUGUGCGGCUCUACCCUCUGAACCAGCAAGACGUACCCGACAGAUUCAAGUAUAAAGCAGAUAUCCUGAAGACAGUGAAGGAUCUGAACCAAGAGCACCCCAUGAUCGACUAUACCCCUCCAUCCCUCAUCACAUUACUCUUCACGGACCUCGGUGUGCUGACGCCUUCUGCUGUCAGCGACGAGCUCAUCAAACUCUACUUAUGAUGAUGACUGCUCUUCAUGAAGCAUGUGUAUCAUUGCCCAAGUGUAUGACCACAGAUGCACCUGAGAGAUCCUGUAUUUGGAGAGUAUGCCACAAUGUUAAGAUU